AUGAACACCGCCCUGUCCACCGUUCUAUUCGCACUUGUGUGCUGCACUGCUCUCGCCUGGUACCCCACCUACAACUACGGACAUGGUGCUGGUUACCAUGGAGUCGCUGGUCUCCACGGAAUCGGCGGUCUCCAUGGAGCCGCUGGUGUCCACGGACUCGCUGGCUACGGUGGCCCCGUUUACGGACAUGCCGGAUAUGGUUACGGAUACCCCGGCUAUGGUUACGGAUACGGACGCGGAUACGGUUACGGACACGGACAUGGGCUCGGAGCUGGACUUGGUUUCGCUGGACACGGACUUGGACUAGGCGUCCGUGGAUUUGGUCUCGCUGGACACGGACACGGGCUCGGAGCUGGACUUGGUCUCGCUGGACACGGGCUCGGAGCUGGACUUGGUUUCGCUGGACACGGACUUGGACUAGGCGUCCGUGGACUUGGUCUCGCUGGACACGGACACGGGCUCGGAGCAGGACUUGGUCUCGCUGGACACGGACACGGGCUCGGAGCUGGACUUGGUUUCGCUGGACACGGACACGGACUCGGAUUCGGAGCACAUGGACUUGGACUAGGCGUCCGUGGACUUGGAUUCGGUGCACGUGGACUUGGAUUUGGAGGACGUGGAUUUGGAUUCGGAGGACGAGGACUGGGAUACGGACACGCUCUGUACCACUGA